GUCUCAAUUCUCUCCAUAGCUUCUGUUACCAGGAAACUCGUUUGGGUGGGCAGGGCUCCAAGAAGACCCAACCAAUUGUAAGUGGGAAUUACCUCUACAGAGCAAAAAUACUUGCUAAGUAGUUAGUCUCACUUCCUGUUGAAGUGAGUGAUUGCUACUUAUUUAGGGGAAAGGCUACUACUCAGCAAAGAGAUCUAAAAUGAAGACUCCAAAGACCUUUGAGGAACAAACUGAGUGCAUUGUGGAAUCCCUGCUCUCUGACUUCUUGGGUUCACCAAGGAGGGCAGCAUGCCGCAGUCUCCAUCAUGAUGGUGAUGUCCCAGACUCUGGUGAGUCAAGCUCUUUUGAUGUGACAAUCAUUGCUGCCCGUCUUAGAAGCCUAGGUGAUCAGUUCAAUGGAGAAAUGGAACUAUCUGCCAACAGAGUCAUCGAAGAAGCUAUUAAGGGACAGGCAGUUGCUGCACUACAGAGCACAGUGAAAUCACUCAGCCAGGCGUGGUGUGCCCAAGACCCUAACCUAGCCUAUGAGAGGGCCUUUCUGGCUGUGUCUGUGAAGCUGCUACAGGUUGUCUCCCGCAAAAUACCUGAGACAGCCAGGCAGUUAGCUGGACCCAUGAGGGAUAUGAUCAAUGAAAACACCAACGUGCGACAGUAUAUCGAAGGGCAGGGUGGUUGGGAGAAUCUAAGACCCUUUCCCCACUGACCAUUAUCUAAACCUUGACUGGCUGAUUGAGCAUCCUCCACUUAAAAAGAAAGAAGGAAAGAAGGAAAAAAAGAAGGAAAAAGGAAGAAAGAAAGAAAGAAAGAAAGAAAGAAAGAAAGAAAGAAAGAAAGAAAGAAAGAAAGAAAGAAAGAAAGAAAGAAAGAAAGAAAAAAUUCAUUUGUUCAACACCUGAAUUUUGGUUAAGUAAGCUUAAUUUUUCUUCUACAAAUUCCUUUAGAUAUGGAGCAAAUUCCUGACACCCACAGUGUCACUUUGCAGUCUUUGUUUUUGUUUACAAACAGACAAAAAGAUUUUCAAGACUGAAAGGAAGGAAUUCUUAAUAGAAGAAUUUAGAGCACUGUGACCCAACUUGUAGGAGAGACUUUGGAAUAGGUGGAUUCUCAUAUCACACCCUAUAGGUAAAUGAGUAUUUAUAAAAUCAGCCUUGCCCCUUGAUUUGAUUGUGUCUACUCUUGCACUGAUUAUGCAUCCAAAAGAAUUUCUGGAAAAUCUAUGUGAUGGGACUUUCCCCUAUUUUGAAACAAUUUUCAGUUUGGACUUGUAAUUGUAUUGAUGUGGGAAACUCAAACUGUAACUCUGCCCUUCAUAUACUCUAUGAUCCAAUGACACUGAUCUCCUUGUUUUACCUUGAACAAAAUACUAGGUCUCCUAACUUCAUGUAUUUUCUUUUUAUAAUUAAAUUUUCUUUUUUCCAAUUA